CAAGCUUGGCACAGUAAGGAUCUGUCACUUCACUGUGACUAGACACAUUUCACAAGUGAAGACUGAAGCUAUAUGUAUUAAUGAAAAUGCAACAAAGGGCUGGCUGAUCAAUUAAUAAGAAAUCUAUGUAAUGUUCGGCAAUACACAGUAACCAGGGUGUAGAGUUUCUGCUAACUCUAAAGAAGAGAGGGACUGCAAUAGAUGUCACAGCACUUAAGACCAGCAAUGGAUGCCAUUGAUGAAAUGGAUGAAGAUCAGCUUAUUGAAUAUGCCCUGCAAAUGAGCCUUCAAGACGCUUGUAAACAAUCUGAAUUAACAUCAAUAGAAAGUUUAGAAAUAGCCAGUGAUGAAAAUCUGAAGAUCCUAGCUGCAAUUGAACAAGGUGAGAUAUUCAGGCUCCAGGUCCUUUCAGAGUUCACAUCGGCCUUCAGCGAGGUAGACAGUAAGGGAUGGCUGCCUCUCCACAGAGCCGCGGUCCAGCCCCUGGUGCAGGUGUUGAAAAUCGUCCUGGAUGCAUCGCACGAGCUGACCCUGGAGGAGAAGACGAUGGAGGGGGAGACGGCGCUGACUCUGGCAGCUCAGGCGGGUCUGCUGGAGAACGUGAAGGCGCUCCUGGACAAGGGGGCGUCUCCCCACAACACCAACGACAAGAACGAGUCUCCCCUGCUGCUCGCGGUGAGAAUAGGCUCAUAUGACAUGGCGUCCACUCUCAUCACGAACGGGGCCCUGGUGGAGCAGGUCUGCCUGACGAAGUGGACCGCCAUGCACGAGGCGGCCAAGGUGGGCUGCAUCGACAUCAUGAUGCUGCUGCUGAGGAACGGGGGCCAGAUCACUCAGAUGAACGGCCACGGAGUGACUCCUCUGGGCAUCGCUGCGGAGCAUGGCCAACUGGAAGCGAUGGAGACUCUCAUCCACAAAGGGGGAGACGUAAAUGCACGAGCCUACAAUGGCGAGAGCGUGUUGUACGAUGCAGUUGGUUUGGGGAAUCCUGACUGCAUUGAGCUACUGCUGCAACAUGGAGCCAAUCCCAACGUGGCCAGUCUAUGUGGAAACCUCCCCAUCCACCGGGCAGCCUAUCUGGGACACUAUCUGGCCCUGGAGCUCUUGAUUGGUGUUACCUCUCGGCUGGCCAUUGCAGACAGCGGCCAGAGCCCAGUCCACGCUGCAGCAGAAGGGGGCAAUGCAGAGUGCCUCCAGCUUCUGAUUGAAAUGGGGUUCAACAUCAACUUCAUCCUGUCCAAUUACAUCUCAGACGAUUACGGGGACAUGAGGAAGAGCGCCUUGUAUUUUGCUGUUUCUAAUGGAGACGUCACCUGCACCGAGAUGCUGCUGAACGCGGGAGCGAAGCCGGAGUUGGACCCGCUGCGCUGCCUCCUAGUGGCCGUUCGGGCAGGGCAGUACGAGAUCGUGAAGCUGCUGCUGGCCAAACAGGCGGAUGUGAACUGCUACUUCACGGUGGUCAGUGACACGGUGUUCCCCACCGCGCUGCAGUACUGUCUGAGGGACGAGAUGAUGAUGAGACUUCUGCUCAACAACGGCUAUGAUGCGGAGAGGUGCUUCUGCUGUCACCAUGACAACGGCUCCAGUACACACUGCCCUUGGAACAAUGCUCAGCUUGAUCAAACACACAAGCAAAAAGAGAAAAUAACUUUCUGUGACUUCAUCAGCUUGUCCUGCCUGGUGCACUUGUCAGGGAGUGUGGUGCGGAUUCUGCUGGACUACGUCAGUCACGUACCCAUCUGCUCCAAACUAAAACUCAUUCUGGAGAAGCAGAGAGAGUGGCCAGAGAUCUGCGACAUACUGGGUAACCCACGGACACUGAAGCACCUGUGCAGACUGGUGAUCCGGAGACAGAUGACCCCAAAGAGGCUGUGUGAGCCUGACAUCAUGGACUCCGCCCCUUUCCCUCCCAUGGUCAAGAGCUACCUGGUGUACAAAGAGUAUGAUCUUUAUGGUAGAGGCAUGGGGGCCUAAAUAUACAAACAUAUGUCCAGCAUAUUAGUCAGGGCUAGCUAACAAUCUGUACAGUACAUGUGGGACAGAACAUCUGGAAUUCUCUCACUUUGAAUACAAAUGUUGGAAUGUAUGCUGUUUGACACUGAAAACUACUUUUACAGCUGGGACACCUUUUAUCUGUUUUCAUUCCAUCAGAUCGUAUGUGUAUGUACAUGAAUUGAAUGGAAAUCCCAACUGUGCACUGUUCUACGACAGACUAAUGUGAAUAUCUGAGGCACAUCUACUGCCAGUACUGACAUGAGUGGGGUUGACAUGCUAGUCAUGAAAAUGUACCGAAGAACUGGAACUGCUGCUUUUAACAUCACAUUAUUUUUACCACUUCAAGAUGCUUUUUUUUCCCCGAAGCGUUUUUAGAGCGUAGACUUCGCUGCCAGUUUCCAUUCUGGUUUGAAAGAAUAUUUUCUUGCUACUGUAGUCUGUUGUAUAACAGAGCUGUGGUGACUGCUGUUGUGAUGGAGCGCAACAGAAAAGAGAAUAGCUACAGCGCUAUUGUUACCAGCUGCGUGUUACCAAUAGUUGUGAUAUUGACUGAUGUUUAACACAGACUUGAUGUUGUUGUGUUUGACAUAUCAUCCGCCACACUGCAUGCUUUCUCUUGCCUGAAAUGGCCAAUGCUGUCAACAAUUUUUUC